CUAUACACAAUCUAUACAAUUUAUACACUUGUUAGUGUAGUGAUGUCAUUUGUGAAAACACCUUGGCUUGUGGUCAGCAUUUUCUUGAGAUGGUAGACUGAGAAAGUCUCCCAGUUUCUGGGGUUGCUAGGGUGCAGUGGAAGCUCAACACAAGCACAAUUCUAGCACCCCACAGGACAAACAUCUCAACCUUUUGUUUUGUUAUUAGUUAGGCUUAAUGCACUCAACCCCUAUUGAGGCAAGCCUCUUUUCACUAGAGAUUGUCACUGCUACAGUGUGUGUGUGUGUGUGUGUGUAUUUGCAACUUCACAUUGCUUUGUCUUAGGUUUGAUGAGUAAUUUAGAGUAGACUGUCAGACGGCAGCAGGCGUCAAUUUGAAGAUUUUGGGUAGCCCAGGAUGAGUCUGGAAUUGUCAGACUGUACCCCCAAAUGCCGCUCACUGCAGCAUGCAAAUGAGGUGGUAGCAGCAAUAACGAGUGGUUCUGAGGGGCAGUUACGAGCAUUCUUAACAUCACACUGCCAUAAUGCAGCAACUUUGCGAGAUGAACUUGGUCGCACAGCAUUGCACCUGGCUGCCUCACUGGGAAAGAAGGCCAUACUGGAGUGGCUGCUGGAAAAUAAGAAUGCUGACUUGACAGUGAAGGAUAAAGAAUCAGGCUGGACCGCUCUGCAUCGCAGCGUCUUCUAUGGACAGAUCCACUGUCUCCUUUCCCUGACCAAGCAUGGCGGAGUCCUCUCCACUCAGGAUAGGGAGGGUCUUUCUACCCUGGACUUGAUUAUGAAGGAUCGACCACCUCACGUCACGUUGAAAAACGCGGAUCCGACUGAAGUUUAUACAUGGGGAAAUAAUACAAAUUUCAGCCUUGGGCAUGGCAAUCAAGAGAGUCGAUUGCACCCUGAGCUAGUGGAUGUCUUUGCCAGGACUGGAGUUUAUAUUAAGCAGGUGGUGCUCUGCAAGUUCCAUUCAGUUUUUCUAUCUCAAAAAGGUCAGAUUUUCACAUGUGGACAUGGACAAGGAGGACGGCUUGGCCACGGAGAUGAACAGACUUACCUGGUUCCCCGAAUGGUGGAGGGUCUGAUGUCCCACCACUGUUCUCAGGUGGCAGCAGCAAAAGACCACACAGUGGUGCUGACAAAAGAAGGCUAUGUUUACACUUUUGGGUUAAACACCUUCCACCAGCUCGGUUUGGCUCCUCCACCAGCUUCGGCACAUGUUCCUAAACAGGUGUUUUCCAAGGCACUAAAAGGGAGGACUAUAAUUGGAGUUGCAGCUGGCAGGUUUCACACAGUUCUGUGGACUAAGGAGGCAGUUUAUACAAUGGGACUCAAUGGAGGACAGCUUGGUUACUUGUUGGACCCCAAUGGCGAGAAAUGUGUCACAGCCCCACGGCAGGUAUCUGCUCUGCACCACAAGGAUGUCACCAUAACAAUGGCUGCUGCAAAUAGUGGCGCUACUGUGAUCGUGACUGAGAAAGGAGAUGUCUACCUGUUGACCGAAUACCAGUGUAAAAAAAUUGCUUCACGGCAGCUAAAUAUCAAGAAAGUCCUUGUCAGUGGUGGAAAUCUUGACCAUCGUGUAAGUCCACAAAUACUAAAUGAAUGCGGGGGAGAAAAGUUGUCCAUCUUGGCUUUGGAUGAAGCUGGUCGGGUGUUCUGCUGGCGCUCCUCAGGUAGCUCGAUGAGACAAUGCCGGUGGGCGUAUGGGCGCCAGGUUUUCAUGUCUGACAUGGCUCUCAGCAAAAACGGCAUGAUGUUUGUGACUCAGGAGGGGGAGGGAUUCAGUGGCAUGUGGGCUGGAGAAUAUAAAAAGUACAGUGAGAAAAAAGAGAUGAAUGUGGAGGUUUGUGGACAUUCAAAUGUUGCCACAAUGUUUGAGCGAAUUCGUCUGGAAAGGCUUCCCUACAUUCACAGAGCUGUCAGCAUCACUAUGGACUCAAACGGUCGAAAUUUUGGAUUGCUUCAGGUUGAUCCCAAAACAAGUUUAUAUGAGAUUCCCAGCAUUUCUCCACCCUCCUUUGCCACACACUUCCAGAAACUUCUGGAAGAAGCGCAUGAAAUGGACAGUAUCCAUGAUGUAACACUUCAGGCCGGCAAUCGCACCUUUGCAGCUCACAAAUAUAUUCUGUCUAUGAGGUCUGAGUUCUUCCGGAAACAGUUUAUGGCUGAGCGUUGUGGGAUUGAUGAGGAGCUUGAUAAAGAAGUGAGGAAGAGUGAAGACGCUGUGGGCUGCGACUUGUUCAUUUUGGAGAACAUUCCACCGGACAUGCUGGAGUAUGCCCUGCACUUCAUCUACACAGAUAACUGUGAGUUACUGGUGCACGGAGCCCGACCUAGACACCAUGGAGCCCUGAUGGAACAAAGCCAGGAUUCAGAGGAGGAGAGGCUUAUCAGCAGCCUGCAGGACUUGGGCCUUAGAGGUCGCUCAGCACUGGAAGUGUAUCGUUCCCUUCCCAUAACAACCGAAGGAGAUUGUAACAAGGCCACAAGCAGAGGCUCCAAACCUGGCAAAAAGGCGAAAGGCAAAGGUGACAAAGGUACCCAUGAAAGAAGGGACAACCCCGUGAAAAUUUUGCAAGGAGUAGCAAAGAAGCUUGGCCUGGGCAGCCUGUCUGCACGACUGGAUGGUGUCAAAUAUGAGGGUGGAAAGAUCAAUGUUAUACACAAGAAAACUGGCAACAACCUUAAGUUCAACCAAAAGAAAUGUUCCUACCUAUGUGACGUGACUCUGAAAUCAGAAGAUGGCAAAGAGUUUCCUUGCCAUAAAAGUGUCCUCUGUGCGAGACAAGAAUAUUUCCACAGUAUGCUGAGCAAUCCGUGGAUUGAGGCUACAGCUUGUACUGCGCUUCGGAUGCCCACAAGCUCAGACAUUUUGUUUGGCAUUCUUGAAUAUAUUUACACAGAUGAUUGCCCCACCAUUAAAGAGUCUAUGAAUGUGGCGUUUGUCUGCAACGUACUUGUUGUAGCUGAUCAGCUGCUGAUCACACGAUUGAAGGAAAUGUGCGAGGUCGUCAUCACAGAGAAUUUAACUCUGAAAAAUGCAGCUGAGCUGCUGGAGUUUGCCGCCAUGUACAACGCAGAGCAACUGAAACUCUCCUGCCUCCAGUUCAUUGUGCUGAAUUUGGCUGCGCUACUCGAGUCAAAAGCACUGGAUUGUCUUAGUGAUGAAGUCGUUCUGGAGCUUUCUGCAGCCUACAAGAGGAUGAUCCCAGCCAUACACAGGAGAGUUGUGACUCCAUAUCCUGACGCCCCAGAUCUCAGUAUGUAUGAAGAUGAACAUACUGACUUCGCCUUCAGCCGCAAAUUAGAAUCUGAAUUGGACCAAUCCAGCAGGGAUGUACUGUUCAAGAAAGCCAAGAUGAAGGCUAAAAAGAAACCAAGGCGACGCUCCGACAGCUCAGGAGGCUAUACACUGUCUGAACUUAUUCAAAGCCCCCCUGCUGCAGCAGUUUCCCCAUGCCUGGUGAAGACACGAAAAGGCACAUCUACAGAGUCACUGCAGGAGCUGCUCACAUCGGACUCGGAGGGUAGCUGCAUGGGGCUGGGUAGCCCCAGAGAAAUGCAGUCACCAGUCUUUCAUGACAGAGCUGUGGAAGAGAGGGUCUUGUGUCAGAGAAUGAAGAUCCCACCCAAAACAAGGGACGGCCUCCCACCUCCCCCCACCUCUAGUCCAAAAGAUAUCCCAAAGAUCCUUCACAGACCUUCGCAUCCACCUCCAGUGUUGGAUCUUAGAGCCAUCAUGGACAUGGAAGCCAGCUCUGCGCAGACACUCAAACCAGCUCCUAAAAGCCUAGCAAGUGUUGGUACCCUCUGCAAAUAUUCUCCUACUCCUAUGAAAUUGUCCCAAAAGCAAAGGAAGAUGUUGGCCUUGGCCAAUAAAGAGACCAGUGUGGAGGCCACAGCAUCCAAACCCACCCCCACAGUCACGCCAUCUAAAAACAGCAGUGGGAAGACCUGGGCAACAACACUCCAGUCCCUACCCUCACCUUGCUCAUUCCGGGCGCUACUCGAGGAGGAGGAGAACAUCCUCAUCCGAGCCGGGCAGCCGGGAACUCACAGGGGCCAAAGUGCUCAAGUGUUACCUGUCAGCGUUACACCUGUUAAUAGGAGGGUGACGUUUAAAUGUGCUGAUGGCAGCAAGCCGGAGAAACCUGGGCCCUGGGUGAUGGCAGCGGCAGCCGGAAGCCCUCCCCACACCUCCCUGGUGACCUUUGCUUCCAUCGUAGAGGAGGAACGACAGCAGGAAGCGGCGCUAAUCCGCAGUCGAGAGAAACCGCUGGCGCUCAUCCAGAUUGAAGAGAGGGCUAUUCAAGACCUUCUGUUCCAUUACAAGGCCUAUGACAACCCUGAUGAGCUGAUCUUGGUGGAGAGGGCCUCCUCGGGUCCCAUGGCAGCUCCGAUAUGGAACAAACACUGAUGACUCGCCACAAUAUCGCAGUAAAGUGAGACGAUUGUUGGUGGUGUGCUUCCGUCAAGUGCUCUUUCAUUACAACUUUAUGCUUCUUAUUGCAGUUGUACAUUAAGUUGUCCUCAUUUGCUGCAUUGUGUUGUUAAUGCGUGUCACAGGGUGAAUGUUGUCCAUAAGAAGAAGAAGAAGAAGAAAACCUUUUUUUUCAAAGUUGCUCACAUGGCUUAAGUUAAUGCUUCCCAAUUGUUGUUGUAACGUGAUGUUGCCAAAGAAAUGAAAUUGAGAUGGAGACACACACAGAGGGUGCACAGUGCAGUGUGAGUUUGAUUCGUUGGAAGUUCUCCAUAAUCUUGAGAAAGUUUGGAGUGACAACUAGACCUAGAAAAUUGACUGCGUUUCAUCUGAUUGAUUUGCACAGACGUUAUGAUGUCAUUUGGCAUCAAUUGAUAUAAAGGUGGAGUGACUCAACAUUCUGUCAGUCUUCCACUCCAUGGUUUGGUGUGUUCUAGUGACAUAAUAAAUCUUUUGCAGGGUGGAUUUUCUUUGCAAGAAAAUGUUUAUCAAUCUAAAUCGGAUGUAACAAGGAGCUGUUACAUUUAUUUUCUGUCCUGAUUUACAUAUUUGACUUUUCUUUCCAGCCAACAAAGGCAACGUAGGUACCUCAGUUAGACCGUGUGAUAUUAUGUUUGUGUGAUUGGGUUGUCUUGGUAUUAAAAGACUUUACAAUGAGAAAUGGCAGGCAAUAAAGUAUCAUUCAUACCUGUGCAA